ACGUCUCAACUGUUCGAUAACUUUCAUUAAUAUUAUCCAUUAAGAUAUUUUCAAUAGUUUUUAACGAAUACAAUAAUAUGAAAGUCUUAAAAAAUGCGACACAAAAAGAAUUUAAUUUUAUUUACUCUACUCGUCUCAAACUUAGUUGAUCAGCCGGCGCCAGAAGUGACGAUCGAACAAGGAGUUCUGAGCGGAAAGUUGAGUGCAAAUGGAAUGUUCUACGAAUACAUUGGUAUUCCUUACGCUACUACGAACAGUAGUAUGCGAUUCAAGGCUGCGGGUCCACCACCAUCUUGGGAGGGGGUUUAUAAAGCUGUAGAUGAGAUAUACUUUUGUCCUCAACCAGUUUAUAUCGGAUACAUUGGUGUCGAAGAUUGCCUCAAGAUCAAUGUGUAUGUACCCACUAUGGCUAAAACACCAUUUCCAGUCAUGGUGUACAUCCACGGUGGCACCUUUAUUGUUGGCGGUGGAGGGAAAUUGGUAUAUGGACCUGAUUAUUUAGUAGAAAAAAAUGUUAUAGUAGUCACGUUUAACUAUAGAUUGGGCGCACUCGGAUUUUUAUGCCUCGGUAUUAAGGAAGCGCCUGGUAAUGCAGGCUUGAAGGAUCAAAUAACAGCUUUAAAAUGGGUGAAGAAAAAUAUUGCUGCUUUUGGUGGUGAUCCUGAUAAUAUAACGUUAUUUGGUGAAAGUGCCGGUGCCACAUCUACUGCACUAUUGUUAGCAAGCAAUGCGACGUUAGGUCUCUUUAAUAGAGCGAUAGUUCAAAGCGGUCCGGCUCUAUCUAAUUGGGUCAUAAACAAAAAUCCAGUGCAAGUAGCAAGACUUCUAGCAAAAGCUUUAGGUUACGACGCUGAGAGUAGAUUGGAUUUAUAUAAAAUAUUUUCCAAGUUAUCAAUAAGAGAACUGGUGGGAACAAAUGUAAGGAUUCCUUCUUUAAAAUAUCUUGAUACGCAGUUAAUGCACCUGCCUUGUGUUGAAGAGAAUAUAGUUGGUGAAGAAGCAGUAUUGACAGAUUUACCUUAUAAUUUAUUUAAUAAUAAAUCUGCGAGUGUUCCAGUUAUAUAUGGAUCUACUAGCAAUGAAGGAUUAUUCUUGAUAUCCGAAUAUCGAGCAGACAUGUAUGAAAAUAGAAAUCAGUUUUAUAUGUUUGCAUCAGAUUUGAGUUUUAAAGAGGAAAAUGAUGCAGCAAAUGAGUCGCAGAAAAUUAGAAACUUUUAUUUCGGAAAUGAUGAAAUAAGUACAAAGAAUAUGAAGAAUUUGUCCGAUAUGUAUACACAUUUGUAUUUUGAAAUGCCUUCCUUGUUUGAAUCUAGGAUAUUGAUAGAUAGAACAAACACAACUGUAUAUAAUUACUAUUUCGAUUACUCAGGAGCAAGAAGUUUCAUGAAGAUGCGUAGUGGUUACGUAAAUGAAGCCGGAGCCUGCCAUGGCGAUGAUCUCUUCUACAUUUUCAAAGCAAUGUUUUUACCUUACACUUUAUUUCAAAGGGAUCAAAAGAUGAUCAACACGAUGACAACUUUAUGGACGAAUUUCGCUAAAUAUGGGGACCCAACCCCAGAUGAAAAAGAACUUCAAGUUAAAUGGAUGCCAAGUAACAAAGAUCAAAUGAACUUUCUCUACAUAGAUGAUGACUUGAAGAUGGGUAAAAUGCCUAAUCCUAAACACUAUCUAUUGUGGAAGACUCUUUACGAUAAAUAUCGAAAGCUUUCGAUAUAAAUAAACUUGUUGAUGCAAAUGAAAGUAAUUCUCCUUAUGAAAUGAAAGAAUAUUCAUUGGUUAACGAUUUUUUUAAAUUAGUUAAUCUUGCAUUGAUUUUUGUGUCAAUCGUAAAAAAAGAGUAAUCCGAUCUCUUUAAAACUUCAGCAAUGAUUAUAAACAUAAAAAUGCGAAUGCGACACUAAAAAGGUCUAGAGUUGUUAAUAUCUUUAACAAUAUUCGUAAGAAAUGCUUAGAAAGUAAUUAACAUUAAACGGGUAAGACACAAAUUGUACUAAUUAUAUGAACUUGUCACUUGCGCAAAGUCAACGUCGUAUAUCAGGAUAAUUAUGUACAGUUGAUUCAAGAACAUGUAACGUGUUUAAUUAUUCAUCACUUUCAUAAAUUUUAUGCUAAAUGUACUAAAUCUCAGGUCCUUAUUAAAA